AGCAGCAUGUUUCUACACUGUGUCCCCCAUUCCCACGAUUCAGACCUCCGCACACACAGGGCUGAGGGCACUUGGCAGCGCUGGAGGCACUGGGUCAGCCUUCGUCACCGAGACCCCUGGACAUUUGCUUGGAAGAAGCCAAAGAAUGAAAGCAAGAUGGCCACAAACCAAGAAAAGACAGGGUACAGCUUCCUGCAAAACUACUGCAAGUGUGGCAGCACCCAGCAGCUUCUCGACCAGCUCUUCAUGAAGUAUGGAUGUAUCCUCCCUUAUUCCACAGAGGACAGCAGACCCCAGGACCAACUUAAAAAAGACAUGUACUCCAUCCUGGCCACCUGGGUGGACCAGUUUUCAGAAGAUUUCCAGCAACCCCCAGAUUUUCUGUGCCUCAAGCUUCUGUUGGCCUAUGUGACCCUCAACAUGCCUGGCUCAGACCUAGAGCACCGAUCCAGACGUCUCCUGGCACACCUGGAGAGCUCAGCACUCCGUGAUGCCGAUCCUCAGGCCCCAGGACCAUCUAGUAUUGCACAGCUCUAUCCACUUGCGAGCCAGCCCAGAUACCGCACCGACCCCAGAGGCUGCGUUCAGGGCCACCAUGGCAUCAGCCUACAUUGAAACCACAGUCACCUGCACUAGCCCUCACAUGAGGCCCCCAAGGCCAUCCUCACCACUGACCCUGAUGCCACAAACCUCCGUGGAGAAGCCUUCUUCACCACCCCCAGUGAGAGAUGUUGAUACUGCAGAAGAUUGUGUGCUGCCCCUCACCCACCUUGGAGCCUAACUCCCCUCUGCUGCUCUCAGAGGCCCCAAACACUGCCCAGUGUCUGGUCCCAGCCUCCCCUAUGAUUUCUGUGCUUCACUGCCCCUGCUGUCUCCUGGGAGCCAGAAAACUUCUUUUUGUUAUUUAUUUCCUUAUUUUUUCUUUCUUUAGUAUUUCAUGUCCCUCCAUUA